AUGUCUACUCCCGUGUCCCCGUCCCCCUCCCUCUCACCCCUGACCCUGGCCUCCCCCGUGGCCACCCCUGGGGCCUCUCCCCUGCCCUCCCCCUUACCCCCUCCCAGGGUGCCAGUGUUCCAGAGGAAAGGGGCGCUGAAACACAAGAGGAUCAUCGAGGUCAAGGACCACCAGUUCACCGCUCGCUUCUUCAAACAGCCCACCUUCUGCAGCCACUGCACUGACUUCAUCUGGGGAAUUGGAAAGCAGGGAUUUCAAUGUCAAGUGUGCAGUUUCUCUGUCCACAAGCGAUGUCACGAGUAUGUAACCUUCACCUGUCCUGGAGCCCCCACUGCUCCUACAGAAGACUUGAAGAGUAAACACAGAUUUCGACCGCAGACCUACACUUCUCCAACGUUCUGUGAUCACUGUGGUUCUCUGCUCUAUGGCCUUAUCCAACAGGGCAUGAAAUGCUCCUGUUGUGAGAUGAAUGUCCACAAGCGUUGUGAGAGCCUGGUGCCCAGCCUGUGUGGUCAAGAUCAUACAGAGAAGAGAGGCAGGAUCCACCUGACCGUCCGGGGAGAGAACGAGGACAUCUUCAUCACAGUGCGGGAGGCUCGUAACCUGAUCCCCAUGGACCCCAACGGUCUGUCUGACCCCUACGUGAAGCUCAAACUAAUCCCUGACCCCAAGAGCCAGAGCAAACAGAAGACCAAGACUAUCCGCUCCACACUCAACCCCGUCUGGAACGAGAGCUUCACCUUCUCGGUGCGUGGACGGCAGUGGGACCGUCGUCUGUCGGUGGAAGUGUGGGAUUGGGAUCGUACGUCUCGCAAUGACUUCAUGGGAUCGCUGUCGUUCGGAGUGAGCGAGAUAUUCCGUCACUCAGUUAGCGGCUGGUUCAAACUGCUGGAUCAGGAUGAGGGAGAGUACUACAACAUGCCUGUCCCUGACGAAAAUGAGCCUAGUGGUCUAGAUGCUAUUCCCCCCUCCCUUCUCCCCCCCUCCCUGAGGCCUGCCCCUGUGUCUGUGUCUGUGUCUGUCCCCGUGUCUGUCCUGUCCCCCUCAGCCCCGUCAGUCCCCUGUCUGGCCACCCUACCUGCAGGACCGGUCAAGCCCAGGGUUUGCCUCCAGGACUUCAACUUCCUCAUGGUGCUGGGAAAAGGCAGCUUCGGAAAGGUACUGCUGGCUGAGGAGAGAGGAAGUGAGCGGCUGUUUGCGGUGAAGGUGUUAAAGAAGGAUGUGCUGUUCCAGGAUGAGGACACAGAGAGCGCCAUGGUGGAGAGGAGGGUUCUGGGACUGGCCAACCGCCCCCACUUCCUCACAGCACUCUACUCAGCCUUCCAGACAGAGGACCGUCUCUACUAUGUGAUGGAGUAUGUCAACGGAGGAGACCUCAUGUUUCACAUCCAGAUAGUUGGCAAGUUCAAAGAGCCUCACGCAGCGUUCUAUGCAGCAGAGAUAGCCAUAGGCCUCUUCUUCCUCCAUACUAAAGGAAUCAUCUACAGGGAUCUGAAGCUGGAUAAUGUGUUGCUGGACAGUGAGGGUCAUAUAAAGAUAGCUGAUUUUGGGAUGUGCAGGGAGGGCAUGUUUGAAGGUGACACUACACGUACCUUCUGUGGGACCCCAGACUACAUCGCACCAGAGAUUGUAGCCUACCAGUCCUAUGGUAAGGCAGUUGACUGGUGGUCAUAUGGGGUGCUGCUCUAUGAGAUGUUGGCUGGACAGCCUCCCUUUGAUGGUGUUGAUGAGGAGGAGUUGUUUCAGUCCAUCAUGGAGCAGAGUGUCUCCUAUCCCAAGAGUCUGUCCCGUGAGGCCGUCGCCAUCUGCAAGGGGCUCCUGACCAAGCACCCAGCGAAGCGACUGGGCGGAGGGGAGGAGGGGGAGAAAGAGAUACGGGAGCAUCACUUCUUCCGUUGGAUGGACUGGGACCGACUGGAGAGAAUGGAGAUACAGCCUCCCUUCAAACCCAGAACUGGUGGGAAGAAAGGGGAGAACUUUGACAAGUUCUUCACAGCAGCUCCGUCCGUGCUGACACCCUCUGACCCUGACGUUCUGGCGGCCAUUGACCAGGAAGACUUCCUGGGCUUCUCCUUCAUUAACCCUGAGCUCGCCCCCCCGACCCUCACUGCCAUCUGAGGGGGGCAGCUCUGUCUCUCUCCACCCACAAUUUUUUGAAGGCCACGACUCGGUUUCGCUCUGCUCUCUGCUCUUUCGGAGGGGGCAGCUCUCCGUAUUUGUAUCCUCUUCUCUUGGUCUGAAGGGAGCAGCUCUGUCUCUCUCUAUCCUCUCUGUC